AUGGAUUGUGUCGAGUAUUUCAUUUCGUGUGAAAUAUUCCGUCAAAUCUUAGAAAGUGUUCAGUAUUUGCAUGAAUUGGAUCCACAGAUCAUUCACAGAGACCUCAAACCAGAAAACAUAUUGAUUGCCAAAAAUGUAAGGAACGGUAGGUUUAUUAAGUUAUGCGACUUUGGGUUGGCUGUUGAGCACCAGAAGGUAUCUCAGAGUCACACCAGAAAUGUGGGAACUUUUGUAUAUAUGGCCCCAGAAUUGGGUCAAUCAAAUGGAAGUGAACUGGUUAAAUAUACAAACACAUCACUACACGACAGCAUUAAAAAUAUACUAGGUGCCAUCCCUAAGAGGGUGUCGAGUAGUAUAUCACGUAAUACUGAGUCCAAUAUCUCGACCGAAAACACGCCAGUGUUGUUUUUUAGUGAUACGGGUGCUCCACUAUUUGUACGGCAUAUGUAUGGCUAUAUGAGUGCAUGGAUCGGGAGUUUGGGCGAUGAGUGCACUCAUAGUGAGCGAGAGAUGGAGGAGAGGGAGAGAGAGGUCAUCCCUAUUACAGCGUAUGAUAUGAAUCCCUCUGAGAGCACCGGGAGGAUAUUGAGCCAUAGAGUGAAGGGAGUGGAGUGGCUGAUGACAUCACUUGAGAUCAUAUUCAAGCGAUAG